ACUUCUACAGAACAGAUCAAAUGCUCAUUUGUCUUCUUGCCAUUGUGAUGGCAGCGGCAGAGAUGCAGGAAAACCUCUCACCUGAGUGCAAACAGUUCCUGUACAUGGGCACGCUGCCCAGAGGGCUUGAGGAGCAGCCUUUUAAAAAGAUUUGCCAGUUCUACAAGGGCAGACCAAGAUUUGUCACUCUGUACGACACCUUAAACCACAUCCCUGUUUAUUCUGCGUACACCUUUAAGCGUUCGGACGGCUCCAAGAAAGUUGAUGUGCCUUGGAUGUAUGAGCCACAGCUCUCCACAGUGUCUGACUCUCGUGAGAUGCAGCAGUUUCCUUCAGAAAACGUCCAUAAGAGUUUUGAGGAUGCUCAGGCCGUCCUUGAGGACUACUCUAACACCGUAAUCUUUGAACGUGGUCAACUGAAUCCAGAUGAGCACCAGGCUGACCCUGACGAUAAAGCAGCCACCUACACCCUGACAAAUGUGGUCCCUCAGGUCCGAGAGUUCAACAUUGGUCCCUGGAAAAACUAUGAGCACACCAUCCGCAGGCGCCUCAACAACUACUGCCGUGGCACCACCUACGUGGUCACCGGGGUCACCACCUCAGGGCACACAAUCCGCCGCCACAACAUCAACCGCCUGGGCAUCCCCACCUACCUGUGGUCGGCUUACUGCUGCAUUGAUUUUGACCACAAUGCACCGUACUCAGAGCGCUCAAAGUUUCCUGCAUUUGCAGCUCAUGGGCUCAAUGACAGGGAGGAUAACAAGGUUCAAGAGAUGACGGUGCAGCAGCUGGAGGACUUCCUGAAGAGGGUUACUUACGUUGACAGCUCCUUCCAGAUCUUCUAUGACAACUGCGUGCCCCCUAAUAGUGCCAACAGUGCCCUGCACCUGCCUUAAGAAGACAUAGAUAGAUUGAUGCUCACACUAGUGUCAGUAAUAUUCAACAUUAAGUGGGAGAUUAGGAGAUAAAAAUCAUUUAUUAUUUUCAAAAUUCAUUCAUUUUAAAAA